AGCAAAUUAUAACUUCUUGAAAGAAAGAAAACGGCGCUGACUGCGUUUCCCUUAGGGAUAUCCGCAGAGGAGGAAAUGAAGAGCGACACAACGAACAAGGCGCGUCAUGGCGAAUUCCAGCUUUAAGAAUAGGUUUUGGGACACAGAACUGGGCAAUUUCCAGUCGUACGAGAAUCUCAUAAAGAAAAUCAAAGAGGAUCAAAAAGGGACAAAGGAGUAUUUGGAAUUUCUCAGACAAAGGGUGUUGGCUGAAGAGGCGCACGGAAAGGCUUUGGGCAAACUGGCGAAAAUCUCCGGCAGUAGAAACGAAUUGGGCAUUUUGAACGGGUCGUGGCAGAAUUCGCACGUGAUAUGCGCCGACUUCGAGGUGCUCAUCACGAAAGCGGCGGAGAAAUUGAACGCCGAGCUGGACCAUCACCAGGAACUGCUCGUCCGGCAGGUGGAGCAGCGCAAGAAGGAGGACGAAGAGGUGAAAGAGGUGCAGCAGAUGCUGAAAUCGGCCAUGACCAAACUGCAGACCAAGCAGAAAAGCCAGCAGGCAAAAGGGAAGGAACUGGAGAAGGCGAGGGCUGCCCUUAAUGACAUGACCUCGGGCACGAAAGACUCCGCUAAGGCCGCAAGUGCUCUUUCGAAAGCGGUGCAGCAGUGGGACAGCAUUUGCAUCGCGGUCAAUCAAGCAGAAGAGCAACUCGAAGAAGCGCGGAGCACUUGGGAAUACAAAAUGGAGCAGGCGUUUGAGACCCUGCAAGCGCUGCAGGAGCAGAGGCUAAACGCUUUGGCCAACUUGCAGGAAAAUCUGGUCGAUGCCGUCAGUCAACAGGUCCAGCUCGGGCUCUCUGCUUUGGAAGUGUGGAACAGGUACGACGAGGAGGACGUAGACCGAGAAAUGUCCAGCUUUGUGAACCGUCAUGGAAAUAGCAAUGAGCGCCCAGAUACGAUAGAACAGACCAAUUUCGACACGUCGGACAAUUUGGACUCUCCGAGACCUCAUCUCUCCACUAGGCCUGAUGUCAUAGCUACUUCUCACCCGCAAAGUUCAAUGUCACUGACCGAUAUAGACGUCGGCGCCACUUUUAACCGGCUGAAGAACAAAAUUCGGCCCGCCUUGCCAAAGGUGGCGAUGGGCAAGGCACCCCUGCGCACCCCGAAAGCUGAGCCGCGCCAGUCUUUGCCCAAAGCAGACGACAUCAUGAUCGAAAACACGCAGUACGUUUCGGCCAACACCUUGCAAGUGAGCGAGGACGUCAAUGGUGUGGAGUACGCGGUCGUCAUGAAGAAACCGGUGCCGAAGGGCAGGAAGGUGGACAAGCCAGAGAGCGGCGAGUACAAUUUCGGGGCAGGGGCUUCGCAACGUGCAGACGAAGAGGAGGAGGCCGUGUACGCAGACUUGAUGCAAGGUUCCUUUGUUGCCGGCGGACAGCUCUACAGGGUCAUGUACGACUACACGGCAAAGCAUCCGACUGAUAUAACCUUGCAAGAAGGUGAUUUAGUCAAGUUUAUAUCAACUGUAAGUGACGAGUGGAUCGAAGUUCGCGCUUCAAACGGCACGCAAGGGUACUUUCCGAGAAAUUAUGUUGAACCAGCUGACUCAUAAUUUUUUGUUUUUAUCAUUGCGGGACUGUAGUGGAAAAAUAUUUCCUUGUGAACAAGAUGUAAAAUAUUAAAUUAAAAUAUGCAAUUUUCGUUAUAUUAAAUUUUAUUUCUAGGAAAAUGCUCUAAUUACAGUUUCUACAACUUAAGUCUUUUAUUCAAUAAGUUAACUUACUGAACUAGUGGCCGACAGACAGUUUUGGUGCGGUUCCAUGAAAUGUGCAUGCAAAGAAACUUACAAUUCAAUGGUAUUUAUGAGAUUUUUACACGCUAUACGAACGCAAGUUUUAUUAAAAGCUACAAACUAACAAGUC